GCGGAGAGUAGAGAAGAUUAUUCGACGGCACUAGCGCAGAAACCACCCCGGAGCCCUUUGCCGGAGCGGAGCAGCGCGAUGUUCCGCAACAAGGUUCUCUUCCGCGCCGCCGCCUCCUCCUCCUCGUCGUCCGCGCCGCUUCCGCCGUUCCUCCUCCGCCAGCUCUCCCUCCCCGCUGCCGUCCCCAUCCCCACACUCGAUCUCGACAUCCUCUGCUGCAGGCUCUCCCGCCGCCACCGCCUCGCCUGCCUCCCCCAGCCCCCCGCCGACUCCCUCCUCGUGUACCAGAGAUGCCAGUCUCGCGAGGCGGCCGAGGCGGUCUCCGAAAUCAUGGCCGCGUUUCCCGGCGCCUGGGUGGGCGAGGAGGAGGAGCUGGCAUGUUCGGGCGCGCUGGUCGCGAAAGCGGUUGAGUGCGGACUGCGGUCUCUGAUGCUUGAACAUGGAUGGAGGUGUCUAGGAGAGAGCAUAUACAUCGAGUCGGCGUUUUUGGAGAAUGAGGAGAGGAGUGAUCUGUGUGCGGUGAAUGUGGAAGUUCGAUUAGGGAGAAAUGAUGAUUUUAAGUUUCUUGUAUCACCUGAUGCAUUUCGGUUCACCACUCAUAAGAUUUCUGGUGCUGCUAGCUCCCAUAUGAUGGAAACAUUCCAGCUUAAGGAGGUAGUUUUGGAUAGCUGUAACUUUCUGACUGUCUGUACAACUCUUCCUACACUUCAGGAAGGACAUGUUAUAGGAUAUAGUAAGAUACUCCCCUCAGAACAAUGCUUGGAUAAGUUUAUGGAGCUUUGCUCACUUAAGCAUGGGUUAGAUACAAACUACAAUUAUCAUGUAGCAGUCAAACUUACUCACGGAGCUUCAUUGGAAACACAAUGUAGGUUGCCUUCUUCAUUUGUUCUUCAAGGUUCAGGGCUUCAACCAGCCUUAAAAUCUGUAAGAGCAUCAAAGGCAAUGUCUUCCUUGCAAUCCUUUAUAGAUGUAUUGAAAGCUUGGAAUUUCUUUGGCCAGAAUCAACUAGUAAUUAAGGAACAAUUACUACUGAACUGCACCGCAACUCUGCCUACUUGGGAUAAAGCUGCAAGUAACUUGACAUUACACACUGCAAGAACUGACAAUUCCAAGGAUCAACCAUUUAUUCUAGACUUUCGCACCCCAAAACCUGCUGUCUUUUGUUCGUUAACUGCGAAAUCGUGGGAUACCAAAGUUCACAAGGUAGCUCAUUCUUUGGAUGACAAUUACAAUCUUAGUUGUACAAGUUCAAUCAAGUAUGGCUGUCAAUCAAAACCGCAUGUUCUAACCAGUUCAUGCAAAGCACAAGUUACUCUGUUGAAGCCUUCGUUCAGCAGAACUAAACCAGCAGAAAAGAGGAAAAUGAGAUAUUCAUCAGAACAUCCUGAUGCUGAUAAUUCAAACAAAUCAAGUCAUCCUGAUGCUGCAGCAAGCCAUGCUAAUCCUGUUACUUCAUCAAGUGCAAUUCUACACAUGCCAGUCAUUCAGGUUUCUGAAAAUCAUGAAAGAAAGCAUGCAGAGUUAUUGAAGAACAGUUGUGGAGGAGGUGGAGGAAUUGCAAAAGUGCAACAAGGUUAUCUAGAAAAGAGGAAUUUGGACACAAGAAAGAAGAGCAAAGAAUAUACACCAGGUAUGCCGGAAGUGGCAAAAGCAAUACAAGAUAUUGACAAAGUUGUGCUUACCACAAAGGUACUAAACCCAACAUUGAAGUCUGUGGUUGCCAAGGAUGAGGUAACUGCAGAAGCAAAGACAACGGCCAAGAAAGAUCUUGACAAGAAAGAGUUAAUUGCUGUGACGAAACAGAAAACAGUGUCCGAAGCUGUCAAAGAUGAAUUUGCUAGAAAGGUCAGAGGUUAUCAAAAUGAUGAGCUUAACAAAAAGGUAACAAAGGCGAGAGCAAAGCCAGUUGACAAGGAUAUUUUGAAUUCAGCAGCGAGGACAAAAGCAAAGCCCGAUGUCAACGAUGAGUUAAUCGCAAAGGUGAUAGAUCAUCAUCGGCGAGGUGAGCUGCGUUUACUCACGGUUGCUGAUCUGAAGUGCUUCCUUGGUGCGAAAAAAGCAAAGGUUGGGGGAACAAAAGAAGUGCUAAUCCAAAGGGCGACUGAACUCCUUGCUUGACAGAUGUAUUGCUGUUAACAUGUUACUACGUAAGACGUUCAACCUAACAUGUGAAGUUAUGCAAAGUACAUAGUUUUUUUGGAUGGCUACUUGGUGCUCCUGUAAAGUGAAGCUACUUCCUCUACUACAUGUUCAUUUUUAUAGAAUGUGAAUAUGAUGUUGCUCCCUCCAGUAAACAAUACUCGACAAUUUGGACAUUCCAA